GCCAUGGAAUCCCCAAGUGCCGCCGCGUUGCGAUGGAUUGAAUCGAAAACGAAGCAGUCGCCGCCGACACCGGACACGACGCUUUGCGAGUACCUGCGCGACGGUCGAGUGCUGUGCAUGCUCGCGAAUGCACUGAGUGAGACGAAUGAAGUCCGAGUGCGAUCACCAGACAGGUUUCGCACGUACCAUGCGCUCGAAAGCGUGUCACUGUUUCUUCGGUGGGCGAGGGACCGUGCGUCCAUCGGGGACAAUGUCAUGUUCACUUCUGCACAACUGAUUGACGAACAGGACGAAGAUGCCGUGCUGGCAUGUCUCCGUGCGUUGGAAGCCAAAUUCCGAUUCCAGACGGUUGCCGUGCUGCCCACGGCUGACGCCGUUGCUUCCUCCCAGAAAUCAUCGACCCCUGCUCUCACCCCAUCCGUCGUCGAAGUGACAGUGGAGUCGUCCAAGUCUACGUCGUCGACUACUUGCACAGCGGUCCUCACUCUGCCACCCGCAGAAGAGACUCGAGUGAACGUAGUGGAACGCAUCCAGCAGAUGCAUCGGUCAGGCGUGGAGUCCGUACGAACAUCUCCUCGUCGACGCCAAGUGCCGUCCCCCAAACAAACCAGCCCGCCUCCAUGUGCACCACCUUCACGGGUCGACCCGCCUCCUUCCGUGCCAUCGCCUCUCGCUCCGCCGAGUCCACGAUCGCUAGUCAAUCCUGCGACAACCGCAUGUUCAAGUUCUCCAAACCCUCGGCCGUUGACCAAGUCCACGUCGAAACUAGCACUUUUCCUGUCGUCUACUCCGGCGACUCCAGCUACUAUUAUCAAAGCUCCUCCACAGCCGCCGUCCCGUCUCGCCUCUUUGAGCUCUGCGUCGGAUGUUGCUGUGGAAGUCAACUCGAUCGAGCCACCGCCACAUUCUUCGACAACGGUGGCACCGGCUGCGGACCGCAGCUCUCCCACAAACACCACAGCGUCCGCGCCAAUCGUGGCAACCGAGGCGCCGUUGGAGUCUACAAAACUCUCGCCGUCCCCGCCGCGUCAACGAAACAAAAUCGCGUCGGCCUACUUAGCUGCCAUCGAAAGCAACUCGUCAUCAGCGAUGCCGCCAACGCCAGAGCGUGCUUUGUCACCCAAGAGACUCUUGUCGCCAGUCCCGACGGCGACAUGGCCAGUACCGCCAAAAGGCCAAGCUUUCACUUCACCAAACCCAGUCCACGUUCCUCCCUCGCCGGUCAAAGUUGAGCCAGUCGCGACAGUAGAUACCGCACAGGUGCUCGGCGAGGCCACACGAGGCGGCCGAGAAUUUGAACCCCUCACGACCACCGACGCAACGACGACCCCCUCAGCCGCCAUCGUGGUGACGAUCCCGAGUUUGAGUGCUGGCGGUUUUGAAUUCGCUUGGUCACGCGAGCGCGAGUCGGUGGUCUUGUUGCUGCACCAGCAACCGAUGUGGCCGCAUUGGACCCUAUCGUCGAUCAACGGAGUGCUGCUAUCGACGCAUGGACGGUCGUCGUUGGCCGAGUCGCGCCGCGUGUUUCGAGAAUUGUCGGCGCCGUUUGAAUGCCGAUUCGAGUCGUGGCGAUAACGACUAGGUCGAAUAAUGCAAUGUCAUGUGUGUGUGUGUGUGCACCGACCGAA